AUGCCCUACGCACAGGUUCCUGACCGAUUUGCGGUUGCAACUGGUCUUCGCACGUCGUGGGAUGGCAUCCACAAUGCCACGAAAUACCCAGCCCACUGCGUUGGCUACGGAUGGGAUGAGCCAGGAUAUGAGGUUUCCGAGGACUGUCUGUACCUCAAUGUCGUCCGCGCAGCGGGAGUCCGGGACACAUCCUCUCUGCCAGUGGCUGUUUGGCUACACGGGGGCGGCCUUUUUAUGGGCGGAUCGGCAGACAAGAGAUACAACUUGUCCUUCAUUGUCGAGCACAGUGUCAAGAUUGGACGUCCCAUUAUCGGCGUCAGCUUGAACUAUCGUCUUUCGGCCUUUGGAUUCCUAUCUGGUAGAGAAGCAAUGGAGUCGGGAGUUACGAAUAUCGGCUUCAAAGACCAGCGUUUGGCUCUACAAUGGGUCCAUGAAAACAUCGAGGCCUUUGGCGGCUCGCCGGACAAGUACUUGCCUACAACGGACGAGACGACAAGCUAUUCCGCGGAGCUGUCGGCCAAUCCGGAGCUGCAGCAAGCCACCUACGACCAACUCGUCCGAAACACAUCCUGCGCGAGCCAUGUCAACCGAGCUCUGAACGUCUCGCAAGUCGGACCAUGGGUCCCCGUUCUGGACCAUGACUUCCUGCACGACUAUCCCACAAACCAGCUACGCAAGGGCAACUUCGUCAAGGUUCCACUGCUGGUCGGUGUCACCACUGAUGAGGGUGGUGGUUUCGUGACCGAUUCGACAAACUCGGAUGAAGACGUGCGAGAAGCCCUCAGGGCGCAGCUCAUAUCGAACAACACGGCAGAGAACGUCGACCAGCUGCUGAAAGAGCUGAUGUACUUGUACCCGAACCCAGGUGAUGCGGGCAGCCCGAAUCUGGGGUCGCAAUAUAGGCGCAUGGCAGCUAUUGUCGGGGACAUGACAUUUCAUUUCUCUAGAAGGCGGGCCAAUUUCGCCUGGUUCGAGCAUGGAGUGCCGAGCUAUGCUUACCGCUUCAACGUGCUUGUCAACGGGGCACCGGCACCAUUCGGCUCCGCUCAUUUUCAGGAGGUUGCAUUUGUCUUUCAUAACUGGAACGGCGAGGGGUACAGCCCAGCGAAUCCUUUUGGCGGAAAUGACGCAGUGUACACGGCCAAGGCAACAGCACUGUCAACGAAUAUGUCUACCGCGUGGAUCAACUUUAUCAAUGAACUAGAUCCGAACGGCAAGGAAGACAUUGGGCUGCCAAAGAACGAGACAUGGCCAAAGUACGACCGAACGGCUGGUGGAGGCGUGGGGAGGAACAUUGUGUGGGAUUUGGACGGCGCAUUCGUUGAGAUGGAUGACUGGCGGGCCGAAGGGAUCAACUGGAUGAUUGAGAACGCCAUGACCGUCUUUGGGACGUAA